AUGGGCAAGAGGCGCGGUCACCCCGACAUCGAGGAGGUCUUGCACCGUCCUUGGUGCUACUACUGUGAACGUGAUUUUGAAGAUUUGAAGCUUCUUAUCUCGCAUCAGAAGGCGAAGCACUUCAAAUGCGACCGCUGUGGUCGUCGUCUUAACACCGCAGGAGGUCUCUCCGUGCACAUGAACCAAGUUCACAAAGAAAACCUCACACAGGUCGAAAACGCGCUGCCGAACAGACAAGGUCUCGAGGUGGAAAUUUUUGGCAUGGAGGGUAUCCCCCAGGACAUGCUCGACCAGCACCGCAACCGCAUUCUUCAGAACUUCCAGCAGGCGCAGAAGGAUAGACAGAUCGCGACGGGAAACCCUCUUCCGGGACAGGGUCAUCAGCAGAAGAAGAUCAAGACUGAGACGCCGGAGGAGCUGAAGAAGAGAAUGGCCGAGUUUAGACAAAGGAAGAAGGAGAUUGCUGCCAACGGAGGCGUUGAUCCCAAUGCUCCCCCUCCAGCUCCUCCCGCCGCUGAGCCUCAAGCUGUUUUUAACGCGCCUCCAGCAUACACUCCCCAAAACCCCUACGAGCAACCAACCUUCCAAGCCCCCGCCGCCGUACCACCGUACCCCUACGCAGCCAGCAGCCUUCCCGCACGCCCAUCAUCCGGCGCAGCAGCACCAGCCGGUCUUCCCCAACGACCCGGUGCACCUGACGACAUUGACAACCUGAUCCGCAUGGCGGAAGCAGGCAUCAAGCCGGCGGCCGAGGGAGAGGGUGAUAAGAAGAAGAAGGAGAAGAAGGCGAGGAUGUUCUACGAUGAUGCGGAGAUUAGUCCUGAGGAGAGAAUGGCUGCGCUGCCGAGGUAUGCGUUUGUGGAGGCUUAA